AUGUGUGGUGUACUUGGCCUCAUCUUAGGCCAUGUCAGCGAUGACCCCGAUGCCCCCUGCAAAGCCGCAGUGGCACUCCACGAAGCCUUGUAUUUCCUCCAACAUAGAGGACAAGAUGCUUGCGGAAUAGCGACUUGCGCUGCCGGUGGUCGCAUAUAUCAGUGCAAGGGCAAUGGAAUGGCUGCUAAAGUGUUCGGCGACGGCCUGAGGGUUCGAGAUCUGCCCGGUUCAAUGGGUAUUGGGCAUCUACGUUACCCCACUGCAGGCACAUCAUCCAAUGCAGAGUCACAACCGUUUGCGCAUAAUGGAAACCUAAUCAACGCCCCUGACCUACGCCAGUACCUUGAUACUGUCGCACACAGGCAUAUAAAUACAGAUAGCGAUAGUGAGCUCAUGCUAAAUGUGUUCGCCAACGAAUUAAACGAGACAGGAAAAGCCAGAGUCAACACAGACGACAUAUUCAAUGCUCUGGCCCGGAUGUACGAGCGGUGCUCGGGUGGCUGGGCCUGUACCGCAAUGAUCGCUGGUUUUGGUGUCUUGGGUUUCCGAGAUUCAUAUGGUAUCAGGCCUCUAGUGCUUGGCGAGAGAGAGUCAGAUACUCUUCCCGGCGCAACGGACUAUAUGCUUGCGUCUGAAUCGAUUGCUCUACGACAGCUUGGCUUUCACAAUAUCCGGGAUAUAUUGCCAGGCCAAGCGGUCUUCAUACAGAAGGGUCGGGCACCAGUUUUCCACCAAGUCCAAAAGCAGAAGUCGUACUCGCCAGACAUAUUCGAAUAUGUCUAUUUCGCAAGACCAGACACUGUCAUCGAUGGAAUCAGUGUCCAUGCCUCCCGACAGAGGAUGGGUUACAAACUGGCAGACAAAAUACGAGAGCUCCUUGGUGACGACGUCAUUAAGGAUAUUGACGCGGUCAUUCCGAUACCCGAGACGUCGAAUACGUCAGCCGCCAGCGUAUCUGAACGUCUAGGCAAGCCAUACUGCCAAGGCUUCGUCAAGAACAGAUACGUGUUCAGGACAUUUAUAAUGCCACAACAAGGAGCACGUCAAAAGGGGGUACGAAGAAAGCUCAGCGCUAUUCAGACAGAGUUCGCAGGGCGGUGCGUGCUUCUCGUUGACGAUUCAAUUGUCCGAGGCACCACGUCAAGAGAGAUCGUGGCAAUGGCACGUGAGGCCGGCGCGCGCAAGGUCAUAUUCGCUAGCUGUGCUCCUCCAAUCACAGCUCCUCACAUCUACGGCAUUGACCUUGCCAGUCCCACGGAAUUGAUAGCCUCUGGAAAAGAUCGCUUCGCUAUUGCCAAGAGCAUCGAUGCAGAGGAGGUCAUCUAUCAGGAUCUUGAUGACCUGAAGGCAGCCUGUGCGGAGCUUUCGCCGCCAAAUGGCCCCAAAGAGUUUGAGGUUGGAGUGUUUUGCGGUACAUAUGUCACACCAGUACCUGAAGGGUACUUUGAACACCUCAACCAAAUACGCGGUGUCAAACAGAAACACGCUACAGAUGCGCAAGUUUCUAGUAGUGGUCCAACAUUGCUUGCAGGUCAUAAACAGGCUGGAACAAAUGGAUUUGCCUCCCACAAAGAUUCGCAGCACAAUGGAGGCUCCCCUCCUAUCGCUCGGGAAGACAUUAGCAUACAUAAUGUUGCCAAUGAGCCCGAGCGACAUUAG